AUGCCUGGUAUUGUAGCUCUGGGUGCCAAAAGGCUGAUUGGAACCAUCCUAGUGUAUGACGAUUUCCUUCCAAAUCACCUUGAUGUUCAGCUUUGCCGAGACUAUGGGUUCGCUCGAGCACAAUUUGAACAAAGUGAAAGUCGGUUGCUUAGCCUUUUCCAAGGGAUCAUCACCUAUGGGAAUAUUGAUUCACGCGAAAUCCAUCGACAGAGACUUGCUGGUACUCUCAUUGAUUAUAUCAAAAACUAUUACGAAAACAUUCCGGCGUAUGCCCGUGGUGGCUAUUAUCCGUGGUUCUUAAAAAAUCAGCAUUUACUUGCUCCACCUAAAUUUCCUGACAUGUCCACUGCUAUUCUGAGCAACAGUGAAUUCAUUCAAAGGGCGUGGUGUUUUGCUGGGGGACUGGUGACUGAUGACCUCGAUAGCAUCCAAUCCCAUACGAAAGACUGGCCGGAAGAGAAGCUUCGUGCCUUUAGAUUCGUGCAAUUACUGCUUCACACAAGAUUUCAGCUCUCUCCCGAUCUCCCUGAGUGGGUUCAUUUCGGUUUCUGUGGAUGCAGUUCGCCCAACGAGGAAAAGAAUCUCUGGAAUUCCUAUAUCGAGCUGAUCCAUAAAGUCUCGUUUGAACAUUUUUACACCGCAUAUGAUGGUUCGUCUCUCCCUGAUCUUUUCUCGGCCAACGGGUUGGAGAUCACAAAUCCAUUCGUCCUUGACGUCCUCAGCGGCACUCCACAUAUGACAAAAUCGGUCUGGAGUCUCAAGCAGUUCGCUCUCGGUGACUACGCGAGGUUGAAACCCUCCUCGAUUGUUGACUAUGGAUUCAUGAAUUGCGGGGGAGAGGAGGAUCUGGUCUACUCCCUAAAAGAAGUCUACCAUCGUAUCCUCACGGCUCCCGGUGCCAAUCCACUAAAGCUUCAUGAGGCCUGCCUUCAAGGGAAAUUGUUUCGAUAUGCCAAGCAAGUAGCUGAGGUGGGACCUAGGUUUGCUCCCUUGAUGAAAAAUAUAUACCCUCUUCGUGAAUAA